AGAGUGGAGGGGACUCAAGGGAGAGGCCCAGGCCCCAGCAUCCCAGCCCACUGGCCCUCGGCUUCUGUCUGGUGUUGCGGUCACCACCCCCCCGCACCGCUGUCCCGACAGGACCCUGGUCUCCACUGCGGCCUCUCCCUGCACCCACACUGGGGGAUGACUCCAGCAGAAUGCUCCACUCCUUUGAAGAGCUCAGAGGAAGAUGUCGGUCCAGUCCCUUUCUGCAGCAACACCCCCUUCCCAGAAGCCCCCUCGGAUCACCCGCCCCCGCCCUCCUUCCCGCCCCCGCGCUGCCCAGUGCCUGGGGCCCCUCCACAACGGCUCCUCCCUACAAGAACCUUCCCCCACCGCCAAUGAUGCACCCACCCCAAUGUGCACCCCCAUCUUCUGGGAGCCCCCAGCCGCAUCCCUCAAGCCCCCAGCCCUUCUGCCUCCCUCAGCUGCUAAAACCAGCCUCAACUCCCCGACUUCCCCAGACUCACCUUCUUCCAGCACCCCUAGUCCAGCAUCCCGGCGUUCCAUCUCCCCAGAGCUUGUCCCCCGGUCUCCAAUCCCCCCGCCCAAACCCUCAGGGUCUCCCCGCACCCCUCUGCCCCUGCUCCCAGCCACCCAGGGCCAGGACCCCGAUGGAUCAGCCUCGGGGCCUGGCACUGUGCGGAGACUGGCUGGCAGGUUUGAGUGGGGAUCUGAAGGCAGGACCCAGGCCACGGACACCCUGGAGCCGGGUCCCCAAGGCAGAGUGGAUGUCAAUGGGGAGAGAGACACCCCCCAAGGCAUCCUUGUGGGGAGUGGGUCCCAAGAGAACAAAGCUCUGGAUGCUGCCCUGGUCUGCCCUCCCUGCUGCCCCUGUGUCUGCCAUGGAGCCCGCCCUGGCCUGGAGCUCCGAUGGGUGCCUGUGGGGGGCUGUGAGGACGGCCCCAGAGCCCCCUCCCGGGCUUCCCCACUACGGGCCUCUCGCUCCCGCCCCAACCCUCCAAGCCUCAGUCACCCGCCAGUCAUUCUCACGUCCUACCGCUCCACCGACGAGCGCAAACUCCUGCCACCCCUCAAACCCCCCAAACCAACUCGAGUCAGGCAGGACGCCACCAUCUCUGGGGACAACUCCCAGCCAGACCUCGGUCUGCCCUCCGAGGAUGGAAUCCAGACAGGGGACAGUCCUGAUGAAGCUCUGCAGAGCGCUCCUCCAGCAACCAUGGAGGGCAGGGAGGAGGAGGGGCUCCAGGGGCUGAAGGAGCAGAACUGGGAGCUGCCCCUGCAGGACGAACCCCUGUACCAGACUUAUCGCGCAACCGUGCUGUCAGAGGAGCUGUGGGGGGUUGGCGAGGAUGGGGGUCCCUCCCCAGCAAAUUCUGGAGAAGCUCCCACCUUCGCGCGCCCCCCGGGGCCGCGCAACACGCUGUGGCAGGAGCUCCCGGCUGUGCGCGCCAGCGGCCUCCUGGAGACGCUCAGCCCCCAGGAGAGGCGCAUGCAGGAGAGCCUGUUUGAGGUGGUGACGUCCGAGGCCUCCUACCUGCGCUCCUUGCGGCUGCUGACCGACACCUUCGUGCUGAGCCGCGCGCUGCGGGACACGCUCACCCCCCGGGACCACCACACCCUCUUCUCCAACGUGCAGCGAGUCCAGGGAGUCAGCGAGCGGUUUCUAGGCACGUUACUGUCCCGGGUGCGCUCCUCUCCUCACAUCAGCGACCUGUGUGACGUGGUGCACGCCCACGCCGUGGGGCCUUUCUCGGUGUAUGUGGAUUACGUGCGGAACCAGCAGUAUCAGGAGGAGACCUACAGCCGCCUCAUGGACACGAAUGUGCGCUUCUCGGCGGAGCUGCGUCGCCUGCAGAGCCUCCCCAAGUGCGAGCGCCUCCCGCUGCCGUCGUUCCUGCUGCUGCCCUUUCAGCGCAUCACCCGGCUCCGCAUGCUGCUACAGAAUAUCCUGCACCAGACAGAAGAGGGGUCCAGCCGCCAGGAGAACGCCCAGAAGGCCCUGGGUGCUGUGAGCAAGAUCAUCGAGCGCUGCAGCGCCGAGGUGGGGCGCAUGAAGCAGAUCGAGGAGCUGAUCCGGCUCACCCAAAGGCUGCGCUUCCACAAAGUCAAGGCCCUGCCCCUGGUCUCCUGGUCUCGGCGCCUGGAGCUGCAAGGGGAGCUGACGGAGUUGGGGUGCCGGAGAGGGGGUGUGCUCUUCACCUCGCGCCCCCGCUUCACACCCCUCUGCCUGCUACUCUUUAGCGACCUGCUGCUCAUCACUCAGCCCAAGAGUGGGCAGCGGCUCCAGGUUCUGGACUACGCCCAUCGCUCCCUGGUCCAGGCCCAGCAGGUUCCAGAUCCUUCUGGACCCCCUACAUUCCGCCUCUCCCUUCUCAGCAACCACCAGGGCCGUCCCACCCACCGGCUACUCCAGGCUUCCUCCCUAUCAGACAUGCAGCGCUGGCUGGGGGCCUUCCCUACCCCAGGCCCCCUUCCCUGCUCCUCGGACACCAUCUAUGAGGACUGUGACUGCUCCCAGGAGCUGUGCUCAGAGCCUUCUGCACUUGCCAAGACUGAGGGGUGGAGUCUGGAGUCCAGGGGUCCCCCCAAGCACCCGCACAAGAACCCUGAAGGCUGGCUGAAGGGGGUCCCUGGGGCCUUCCCUGCCCAGUUGGUCUGUGAAGUCACAGGGGAACACAAAAGGAGGAAGCAUCUCCGCCAGCACCAGAUGCUUCUCGAGGCUGUCGGACCCUCUCUGGGCACCCCCAGCGCCCCUCCACCCUAAUGCAGGCUGGUGAGGGGGCACAGGUUGGGACGGCUGGCAGCGUGGCCCAUGGACACAGAGCUGGCCAGAGAGGACAAAGCCCAUCCAUCCACUGGAUUCAUUGUCAGUGAAACUACUACCUCUAGUGACAACCAACAGGGACCCAGCCUCGGGAAGGGGCCGCCAACGCAAACAAGGCCAUCUGAGUCCUCAGCAAUAAGGAAGGAUGAAGAUGGCUGGAAUGUGUUGCCAACGGCAACAGAGGCUUAGUACAGAGAAGCCAGUGGGCACUGAGCUGGCUGAGCCCAUGGCCAUUGAGUAUCCUAUGCUCACAGCCAAAGUCGAUGCAGUUAACAAAAAGCUGCACUGGAGAUAGAGUCCUAGGAUAAAGUAAACCAACACAGAUGAGCGAGGACCCAUACAGUCAAAGAAGAUGGUGAUCUGGGCCCAACAGACCAUAGCAACCCUGCUUGGUUCUAUAGCAAUGACUGGUCCUGCCCUUUCAGUCUUGGAAGUAUUGGAUUCUGUUCUCAGGGCACCCCCUGUAUCCUCUCGAGUCAGUUCCCCUCUGCUAAGAGCAUCCAGAGUGUGUGUGUCAGAGACUGUGUGUGCAACUGUGUGUGCCUAUGUGUGUCUGUAUCAGGGAAGGUGAUUCUGCUGAACAUGUGUGGUGGUUGGUCCCCUUCCCAGAUGUCUGAGUGCUCCAUUUCUUCUGUUGCCCCCUAUUUUCCCUAUUAUUUGACCUCCAAAGGAGAGUGUGCUGGCUGUGGCUUGGCAGCCAGAGGUCAGAGCUAAGGAUAAGAGCCCUGGAUUCUAGGACUCUUGGAAGCCAGGGUUCCAGGACAGUUGGAGGGUGAUGUUUUGGAGCAGCCAAUCAGCCUGGCAGAGGAGCCUGAGGAAUUGAGGAUGGCCAGGAGAUGGGGCCUGGGGCUUUACAAAAUCCCCAAGUCCUUCUGCUGGCCCCAAUGCCUGGUCUCCAAGACCCAUGCCAAAGUACGAUCAGUCAACCAGCCUCAGCUUCAGCUUUCAAACCCAGUUGUGGGCGAAGAAACAGCAACUAUGGGUCCUGGGCUGGCUGGUGAGUCUCCUGGGCUUUCUCGCCUUCGUCCUGGUCCUCUCGCAGAACCACUGGGCCAAGCAGAGGAGACAGGAUGGAGAGCUGGUGUGGCUGCCCAACCCCAUCCGGAGCAUCUGCUUCUGGAUGAGAAACUGCCCCCGCGUGAUGCCAGGAGGCGAGGAGCAGAGAGUUGCUGGCGAAUGGGGGACUAGGCCUUCCACACCUUCCUUCCACUCACGCACGGCCACUUGCCCAGGACAGAAACUGCCACGUGGACCACAGGAAAGACUGUGUGUGUGUGGGGGGGGGGGGUGUCUCCGAGCAGGAAGGACACUGGCAUUUGGCAUGUCCAUGACUUUGGGAAUUCACCUAGCACAUAUGGGAAAUUCUCAAUAAAUUUUGGUGGAGGGUC